ACGUUUAUAUGGUUGUCAAAGUAUGGUGUUUUUUUCCAUGUUGUGUAGCAUCAUCUGAAGGAACAUCUUGGGAAGAUGGGCCUGGAGGACCAGCUGCCAGACGAGAGCCCCAGUGUGUUCCAGAGACUGUCCUGAGUGAGGAUGGGUGUAAGGAAGCAAUCGCACUGAUGAGACAUUCAGCUGAUGAGGACACAAUCAAGAAGAAGAUGAAGCUGACGUUUGACUUCCGCCGCAACAUGGUUCUCGAGCCACAGCAGUCAAGCGAUGUACUGUCUGUCUUUCCACGUUUCAAAGACGUCAAAGGCUUGGUGGAACAAGAUUUUGUUAUGAUGUUUGGAGAGGAUGUCUCUGGCAAGUUUCUUGAGAAAUGGACGACCACGUUCAAGAAAAAGGUCAUCCAGCAAUGCAGAAAGCUUCCAUCCACCAGUGAGCUUGAAGAUCUUCUCCUGGCAGCUGAUACUUGUGAGGAUGGGUCUGAAGUGGAUUACGACAAUGGUUGGGACAGUGACCUCUCAUCGAUUUUGCUGCUGUUACACCUGAUUCCCCCCACUGCCCAGGGUCGUAAAAGACCUGGAAAGGUGUCUGCUUCCCAAGCAGAGAAGCAUCUUGUGGUCUUCAAGAAGACAGGAACCAACAUCCAGGAACAUCUCGAUUCCAUCACAACAAGCACACAACCAUACCUCCUGGCUGUAGGACGAAGGAAGAAACAAGUCCACCAGUUCUUCAUCAUACUUGACAAAACUGCCAUCAGUUGCAGGUCAGCCUCUUCACUUGGCGCUUUCGACGAAAUGUUUAAGGCGCAUUAUGUUUUUGCCACCACAUACAAUCCCAUGCUGUACAACAUGUUCACGUUCAUCCAGACCACUGUGUACAACAUAGAUGUUGGUAAAGUGAAGGAGAGUCCCCGCGUCGCAGAAGUUCGGGCUAGAAUGCUUCAUUAGUACUUGAACAGUAUUGAUCUGUUUGUCAUGAAGUGCUUUGUUUGUCAGACUGAGUUAACUUGCACAAAUACCCUUGUUAGGCAUUUACGAGUUGUUCAUGGUUACUUGGAUGGAAAAUAUCUUCGCCUUAAAUGUGCUCAGUCUGGAUGUGGCCGUGUGCUUGGAACUUUUUCUGGGUUUAGGAAACAUUUAAACACCAAACACACUGACAAUAUUGACCAACAAGUUGAUAAUGACGUCAAUUUAAGCAGAGCAGAUCUUGGUGAAGCAGGAGAGCAGGUGACAGCCAAUGUAGAAGAGACAGCCUCAACAUCUACCCCGUUGACAAGGUCCAGUAGCAGCCCUUUAGAUAUGUGUGCCACAGCUAUUGCACAACUCAAAGCAGCAGGAUUAAGUCAGUCUAAUGUUAAGAGAUUUGUCUCAUCAAUGGAAGAAGUGAUUUUUGAGGUUCACAGUCAGGCUAAAGAUGUAGCUUUACAGUGCUUGUCUCCACAGGAUACAGAAAAUAGGAACAAAAUAGAGCAAUCCUUCCAAAUGUUGGAAAACCCAUUCACACCUUUAAAUACAGAAGCAAAACUAAGCAGACACCUAAGAGAGAAAUGGGGACUUGUUGAGCCUGUACAAAAAGUGCUUGGCACAAGAUUUGACAGCAGAAGAAACAAAACUACUGGGACAUAUGACCAAGUCCUUGUAACUGAUAUGUUUGCAUAUGUUCCCAUUUUGGAAACACUGAAGAGUAUUUUACAAAAAAAAGAAUCUGCAGACUUGUUCAAGCCCAGGUAUAUUCCCAACGAAGGUGUGUAUGCAGACUUGAGAGAUGCCACCUAUUUUAACCAAAGUCCCCUAUUUUCUAUAGAAAAAGAUGCCUUGCAGAUCCAGCUCUUUUAUGACGACUUCGAAACUGCAAAUGUCUUGGGACCAAAAAGGGGUUUACAUAAAUUAGGUGCUAUAUAUUUUACUUUAAGAAAUUACCCCCCAAUCUUUAAUUCGUCUUUGAUUAAUAUUCAUUUGUGUGCUCUAUUUCAUGCACAGGACAUAAAGCGAUACAGUUUUAAUUUGAUACUGGAACCACUUAUUAAUGAUCUGAAAGUGCUUGAGACAGAGGGACUUAAAAUUCCAACUUUUGAACAUGUUAUUCAUGGUACUGUAGUUCAGGUCACUGGGGACAAUCUUGGUUUGCAUGGUCUCUUUGGCUUUGUAGAGUCAUUUGGGGCGCGAUAUUGCUGUCGUUUCUGUCUCCUUGAGAAACACUCUUUCCAAACUGUAUUCUGUGAAGAUGACCCGGAAGUUGUCUUAAGAACUGUUGAUUCACAUGCACAGCACUGUCAAACUGUACAAACAGAUCCAAGGUUGCCACAUGUAUAUGGUGUCAAACGUGUUUGUCUGUUGAAUUCACUUCAGUAUUUCAACACAGCCAGCAAUUUUGCAGUUGAUAUCAUGCACGAUAUUUUAGAGGGAGUUGGGCAGUUCGAGGUGAAACUGAUUCUGAAAUACAUCCAAGGCAACUGCCUAAGUGCUGAACAAGUGGCUGGUAGAAUACAUGCGUAUGACUAUGGUUUCAGUCAGCAGCGAAACCGUCCACCUCUGCCAACAGAUAAAAUGAUGGAUGAAAGUAAUGAUUUGGGGUUGAAUGCCAUACAGGCUUGGUGUUUGUUGAACAAUAUGCCUUUGCUUUUUGGUGAUUUGAUCGAGACAGAUGAUAAACACUGGCAUCUCCUACUUUUGCUUCUUCAGAUUGUUAACAUUGUAUUCUCACCAGUCUUGUCAGAAGGCAUGACCAUAUACCUCAAACAUUUAAUCACUGAUCAUCAUCGGCUGUUCAAGCAAUUAUUUCCUGAAAGAAAUCUCUUGCCAAAGCAUCAUUUUAUGAUACAUUAUCCUAGCUGCAUUAGGCACAUUGGUCCAAUUUUACACACAUGGUGUAUGCGUUACGAAGCCAAACAUAAUUUCUUCAAACAGCAAUUAAAAAGCUUUAAAAACAUAACAACAACAUUAGCCAAAAAGCACCAAAGAUAUAUGGCAAUGUAUCAUGAAUCUUUUAGCAAAGAAAGAUUAAUUGUAGGUCCAGGAAAAAUUGUGACACUCUAUGACUCAAAACAUGGAGCAGCAAUAGCGGAAAAAUUUGGAACUAUUUUGUCAACCAGUGUGUUUUCUGCAAAAUGGAUAAAGUAUCAUGGUACGGAAUACCGUUGUGACUUCAUUGUAUGCACUGAGGUAGCAUGUGAGAUGCCUGUAUUUUGUAAGAUUGACAUGAUUGCUGUAAAAGAUGAUUGUGUUUUGCUCUGUGGAAAAUUGAUGGAAACCAUCUGUUUUGAUAACCAUUACCAUGCUUUUAAGGUCAAGCUGCAUCCAGACAAAGUUCUUAAAGUGUUGCACAUAAAUAAUCUUUUUUACUUCAAACCAUUUGAUGUUCAAAUGAAGUAUGGUACAACUGAUACUGCCUUAUAUAUUGUUCCAUAUUGCCAUUUUAUGCAGACCUAGGUAGUCUAGUAGGAAGGAGGGGUCCCAAUGUCCCGAGACAAACGUUUUUGAAACAUGUUUUUUUAGGACCCUGAAGGUGUCUACGUAAGAUUUUUGCUUGUUGCCCGGGUCAACUAAUGUCCCAUGGGGGUUUAUUGGUGGCCAUUUUGAAUUGGUGGUUUAUUGGUGUUUUCGACCAUU